GAAAGUAGGACCUUCCAGUAAAGACAACAGUAAGUCUCCCGGAGAUGGGAGACCACAGGGCUAUUUUAGCUGCCAAGGAAGGCGACUUGACCACCUUGGAGCAGCUUCAUGUAGGUGGUAAUCUGGGCCAGAACAUCACUGACUGCUUAGGAGCAGGCUUGGUUCAUCAUGCGUCACGAGCAGGCAGGCUGGAGUGCCUCAAGUUUCUAGUCCUGCAAGCAAAGCUUCCCGGGAAUCAGAGAGCAAACAAUGGGGCAACUCCAGCACAUGAUGCGGCAGCCAUGGGCAACUUGGCUGAAUUGCAGUGGCUGAUCAAAGAUGGAGGGUACAGCAUGCAGGAGCAAGAUGCUUCAGGGGCUUCUCCCCUCCAUUUGGCUGCUCGCUUUGGACAGCCAGAGGCUGUUGAGUGGCUGGUCCAGGCAGGCUUUAACACUGCCACGGAGACGCGGGAAGGAGCAGUGCCAGCUCAUUACGCAGCAGCCAAGGGAGAUCUGACAUGCCUGAAAGUGCUGGUUGCUGCAGACCGCAGUUGUGUGAACAAGCAAACUCGGAGUGGGGCGACCCCACUGUACCUGGCCUGCCAGGAGGGCCACCUCCACAUCAUCCAGUUCCUGGUGAAAGAUUGUGAGGCUGAUGUGCACCUGAGGGCACAUGAUGGCAUGACGGUUCUGCACGCAGCUGCCUGUGGCGGCCAUUAUGCAGUUGUCAUCUGGCUGGUGACCUUCACUGACCUCAGCCUCGCAGCCCAGGAUGCGGAAGGAGCCACCACUCUCCACUUUGCUGCCCGAGAGGGACACACUGCCAUCGUUGACAGACUCCUCCUUAUGGGUGCUGAGAUAGGGUUGGACCACUGGGGAGGAACCCCUCUCCACGAUGCAGCAGAGAAUGGGCACUUAGAGUGCUGUCAAACACUGAUCUCUCACCAAAUAGAUCCAGACAUCCGGGAUGGGGAUGGUUACACCGCACGGGACCUUGCUGAAUACAAUGGACACAGGCAGUGCGCGUGUUACCUGCAGGAAGCAGAGAAGCUGGCUGCCCAGGAAUGUGUUUCUAGCAGUCAGGAGGCUCAAAUAGCCAAGACCAAAGCAAGAAGCCCAGAUAGAACCAAUAAGCAUCACAAAGCAACAAUCAGACAAGAGCCUCUGCAGAUACUGAGCGAUGACACCACAAGCAUAGAAAAUGGCCAGACUCAGCAGCCAAUGAGACCUCUUCAGUCCAAGAUUAACCCUACAUCAAGCAUGCAGAAAGAAGUUAAGAGCAGUCUUCAGAAAACAUCCACUUCAAAGACCUUCAACAUGGUGAAACCCACGGAGUCCAACAAAUCGUUGAUAGCUGAGCUGAAGAUCAAUAAAUCUCUGCAGAAGGCGAAGAUGACUGCAUUGUUUUCAAACUCUGGUGAGAAAACUACGCAAUCAAGUGCCACAGUACCAAGCAACCUCCUCUCAAUGCUGGAUGAGCUGGGAACAUCAGACAUUGAUGCCCUGGUGCCUACCCAUGAUGAACGAGGUCAUUCUAUCCCAGAGUGGAAGCGUCAGGUGAUGGUGAGGAAACUGCAGGCCCAACUUGCGUCUGAAGAUGGGAUGGGCAGAAAGGACGAGGGAAGCUGCCCACUGGAGGUGGACAACUGGCAGUACUCCCAGGCUCACAAUGCCAUCUUGGGCCCCUAUGGGGAGCUACUCACCGAGGAUGACCUGCUGUACUUAGAGAAGCAGAUUGAGAAGCUGCAGGUGAGGAAGAAAUGCCAGGAGUAUGAGAAUGAGUUAGGACGCCUGACCGAGGAGCUGCAGACGGUGCUUCCUGCUCCCAUCGUCAAUAUCACAGUCAACCAUCAGUUUUUACAGCAGGACUCUGAGGAUGAUGGCCAGGAGCUCCCUGCCUGGUGUAGCCAUGUGUCUGGAGUGGUGAAAAGCAUGUCCUUGUUGCUGACCAACAUCAAUGGCAUGAAGAAGGAGGAGGAGAAUGAGAAGGCGCUCCCUAAGCCGAGCAAAGCCAGAGGUUUUUCUGGAGGCACUGCCAAGAGGGAGAUCCUGGAGUGUGGUGUCUCUGUAAGGAAUCUGAGGGGCAAUUUUGAAAAACAAGAUCUUUUGGGACAAUGCAAACCUUUUGAGCUCCAAGUGCUGAAGCCCAUGACCUUGGAACAGAGGACAGGGGAGGAGUCAACUCCUCCAAUGUUAUCAAGUAUUUUUAAGGGCAAGAGGCCAUGGGUCUGUGAGGAACGUGAGUUUGGAGACCUGGAGAGCGCCAGUGACUCUGGCAUCAGCUGUGGGGAAGCCUCCUCUGAAAUGGGUGGGCUUCAUGUCUCAAGAGCAGAAUCUAGCAACCUCCGAAAAGAACGCAUUGUGUUGCUUUUUCUGAGUCACUGGAAGAAAUCUGCCUAUACACCUUCCUUGAAACUUGUGGCCAGGAAGACACUAGACACCCAAGAGCCUGGAAAAGUGGGGCUAGUUGAGAUCAUGGCCAAAGUCAAGAAGCAGCAGGCUCCUCUGGAGAAGCCUUUGGCGGAAAUGAGCAGGCUGGGCCAUUUUGUUCAGCAGAGAUACACCAUCAAGAAUCUGAUCAUUCACUGGAAAGACAUCAUCUCUCUUGUGCCGUCUCGGCAGAUCAGGCGUCUCAAUCACCAGCACACCAUCUAUUCUCCAGAACAGUUCCUGCCCUAUGUCAAUGGUGAGCCUGCUGAUUACAAUAGCUUAACUCUUGACCUGUUUAUGCUUGGCUAUUUCCACAUCCUGGAUCUGGACCUCUCCCCAGAAGAACGCAAGGCCAGGCAUCUCCUUUGCUUUGAAGUUUUUGACCACUUGGGGCGGCAUCAGUGGGAAACCGUACGCGCCUUUCAUAAAGCCGUGAUUGAUGAGAUUGCUGCAGGCAAAAGAAGCUGGAAAGAUAGUUUGGAUGAUAUGAAGACACAAUUUUUUGGUAACGACAAGGACUCCGCUAAGAGCACAGAACUAAAGAGAUCACCUGUGGAAACAAACCUGAAACCAAUAUCCAAAACAAAGGCUCCAAAUAUGGCUCUUGAGCGGGAAGGCCACGUCUCAGGAAAAUACUUUGAACUAGGCAGCUUUACCAAUGACGAUAUAUGCAAGUACAUUGACAGGAGUUUUGCUUUCUGGAAAGAAAAAGAAGCUGAGAUCUUUCAUUUUGAGGGGUCAGGACCUAUACAUUAGCUGUCUUGAUUUGAGAAUAAGAGCAAGAUCCAAAGUGCACAGAGAGGUACAUUGCUGGCCUAGUGAUGUAUUAUUUCAAUAGGCAGACAUAAGCUGUUCUUUUCGAGAAUUGCUAGAAAUGCUGGCAAGAUUCAUGAGCUAAGGGGCAAACUACAAAGUGACACUGCAGCUCUGUGUGACCAAAGCGCAGUAGCUACUUCUCUGUUGCCCUCAGGAGCAGAGGCAGGAGGGAAGGAGUGCUUAACUCCUUCUGUGCCAGUUCUUCCUUCACCCAGAUGCUUUUACCCUCACUAGCGUUCUGAUCCUGUGUUUACUUUGCAAACUGUUCCCAGACAUUUGACAAUAUACGUUGGGCUUCUUAAUGCACCAGUUGAAUUGUUUAUGGUUGGCAUUGGACCUGUUCAGAUAGCACUCUAAUGAGCAUGUUUAAGCUGUGGUUAUGUAGCCAGCAUGGUUAGGAAUGGUUCACAUGACACUCUAAGCCAUAAUGUUCAGCUCAAAAUUCUUAACCAUCGUGGCUUAGCAUGUCAUCCGAACAGGAUCAUUGAGGGUUUUGUUGUUUUAUGGUAGGGUGCAGGAGCUCAGACCUGGUGGCCAAAUUUGGCCCAACCAGGCACCAAAUCCAGCCCUCCAGGGUUCCUCAAAUGGCUUCUUGGCUUUUGUGAUCCCCCCCCCCUGCAUUCUAAAAGUUAGAAAUGCCUCUGCUAAGGCUUAGUUACUGACAGGAAGAGCUUUAAGCUAAA